UUGACGCACCUCACAAAUCAAUUCCGUUAUCUCCACAGCACGUCAGACUAUUUACCUGAUAAUAUAUUACACAGGUAAACACACUAUUUUGAAAUAUUCAGUCUCUGAAAUAUUUUCACAAAUAAAAGAUGGAAAAAGGACAAGAACAACCUCCACCUUAUCCGAACAACCCACCACAGAAUUACGGACAACCCUAUCCGCCAGCUCAAGGAUACGGUCAACCUGUAACACAACCACCACAAGGUUAUGGCCAGCCACAGCAUGGAUACGGCCAGCCACAACAAGGAUACGGUGAGCCACCAAAAGGAUAUGGCCCGCCCGCUCAAGGAUAUGGUCCCCCGCAAGGUUACGGUUCCCCGCAAGGUUACGGCAUGCAACAACAACAACAACAGCAAUCAACUGUUAUAGUUACAAACCAGCCACAAGCAAUGGUCGUUCAUGUAAGACCAACCAAUUAUUUGAUUCCCGCCAUUUUUGCAUGUUUAUGCUUUUGGCCCAUUGGAAUAUGUGCACUUAUAGCGGCAAACGAUGCAAACAGAGCAGCGAACGACGGCGAUUAUGCCUUCGCAGAAUCAAAAGCUAGAAAUGCCAGAAAUUUUGUCAUUGCUGCGUUUGUUACGGGAAUUAUUGUUUACGUCAUAGUUAUUGUAGUACGAGUGGUUGCGUAUUCGUCUAUCUACAGCUACUGAUGACGUAAUAUUCGACUUUCACGUUGAACUUCAUUAACAAAAGUUCUAAAGUGCCUCGUGACAUUUUGUUGAAAGUAGAUAUACAUUCACAAUAAACAUGCCAUUACAGUUAUCUGGUACACAUUUCUUGAAUUAUUCUAAUUAUAGUUGCAGAUACCAGUACUAAAUCGUUUAUUAUAAUCUGGUCUUCCAAGACAAUUUUCUUUAAUUUUCCUUAAAUUAAAAAAAGGUUCUUUUUGGGGUAUAGGCAUCAGAAUCUGUUCAAAUGUGGUAUUUAAUAGUUUAUACUGUUUAACUGCAUACAUAAAUACACUUCGUUUAAAAAUUCCACUAAAAGUUAAUUAUCUAGUAAUAUGUACAAUGUAAGUAUUUGUGGUUGUUAAUUUUUGCCUCUUGUUCCGACAUUUGAAUUGAACAAGUUUAUGUUGUCCAUCAAUAUUUAAAGAUGUCCCCUUUUUGUCAGGUUUUGUUUGAAUUUCUUUACACCUGUUCUUUUGAAAAAGUUUAUACAUUAUACAAAACAUGUAUAUAUUAUUAAAGGUGAUCUGUGAUACUUGCUACUUGUUUAUUAUCAAUUUAAUUCAAUAUAUAUAGAUUUUUAAUUUUACUCGACAAAAUUAUAUAUUUACUGCAGAUAUAAAUGGUACCACAUUUCCUUAUUUUUAUAGUGUUAUGCAUGUUAUUCAGAUUGUUUUAGGUAUUUUUGAAAGGUGAUUAUUUGAAGACCCAAAAAUAAUUAUCAUUGGUUUUGCUUCUAUUCAUUUAAUAUUUUUUAGGAAUGUUUAAGACUUUACUUUUAAACUUUUAUUUAACCUUUAAGUCCUAGAUUCAAGUGAGCUGUGUGAUAAGGUUUUGUUUAUUUUCAUAGAUUUUAUUUGUUUUCGUAUCCAUAAAGCAAUGUGACGUUACAAAAUCAUUUAGGACUAUUAAGGAACGACAACGCUUCCACAAAUUUGAGACAACCCAUGAUUGCAUAAAAGACAAAAUGAUACUAAUUUCAUAAUAUAAUAUAAUAGCUUCUAAUCGGGUGAAAGGAAAGGAUUCAGUCCGAAGACUGGAUCGUUGAACUUGUAGUAUGGAAAAAUAUAUUUUUCGUUUAUGUAUAAUUUCAAAAUUUGUUUUUGGAAAUGUACUGGUACUGUCUAGGGUAAAUUUUGCAAGCGGGGCUGCCUUCGUCUCAAAUGGAAGUCUAUACAUUGUCAUUGUUUCACCAAGACUCUAUAAAGAGUUAUGAAUAUUUUUAUAAUAUAACUUUUAAAACAAUGUUGAUAUUGUUACUGUCUCUUCAACAUUUUUAUAUAAAUAAAAGUAUUAACAACA